CUUGAUGUCCGCGAUUUUGGGUUGAGUGAUUGAUUAUUGCUAUUAACGAGGAUGUCAUGUUCUAGACCAUUUGUUCCUAAAACAUCUACUAUAACUUCAGAAUAUACGAUCACAAACAAUGUGCUGGGCUUGGGGAUCACAGGAAAGGUGAUGCAGUGUAUUCAUAAUGAGACAGGAGUUCAGUAUGCUUUAAAGAUACUUGAGGACAAUCAAAAGUCAAGAAGAGAGGCUGAAAUUCAUUGGAGAGUCUCAGACUGUCCUCAUAUAGUGAAGGUUGUGGACGUCUUUGAAAACACAAACCUGAACACUAAGAAGAACUACCUCUUAAUAGUAAUGGAAUAUAUGAGGGGUGGUGAACUAUUUAAUAAAAUUAAGGAAAAUGAAAAUUUCACAGAAAGCGAAGCUGCAAAAAUAGUGUAUCAAAUAUCCUCUGCAAUUGCUUAUCUUCAUGAAAGAAAUAUAGCGCACCGUGAUCUUAAACCGGAAAAUUUGCUUUACACGUCCAAUGAGGAUGGUGCCGUCCUCAAACUUACGGACUUUGGAUUUGCGAAAGAAGUCAUCACUAAAAAGUCUCUUCAAACACCAUGUUACACACCUUACUAUGUCCCACCAGAGAUCCUUAAUUUCGAACGAUAUGACAAGUCAUGUGAUAUCUGGUCCUUAGGGAUAAUAACCUAUAUUUUGCUCUCAGGUUGUCCCCCGUUUUUUAGUCAGAAUGGCCAACCCAUAUCUCCUGGUAUGAAGUCAAAGAUUCGGGCUGGAAAGUAUGACUUCCCUGAUGCACAAUGGAAAUCUGUUUCAAAAAGUGCUAAAGAUCUAAUCAAAAGCCUAUUACUCACAGAGCCAGAUCGUAGACCUACAAUCAGAGAAGUGAUGAACAACCAUUGGGUGGCUCAGCAUAAUAAUGUGCCUAACACACCUCUUGGAACCAAUAUGUUUUUCACCACAAAAGCAUGGGAUCAAUUUCGGGUAGGUCUUAUAUGUUGUUUUAAAUCAACCACUUAUGGUGCAUAAUGAAUCUACCCAGGCUCUAUUAGAUUUGUUUUGUCAGUUUUCAGCAUACGCAGUAAAUGAAAAAAGCUAAACUACAAAAAUUAUUUAUCUAAGUAACUUAACGAAAAGUUCAAUUAUCCGUUUGAUAUGUGAGACCCUGUUCGAAGCAUUUUUUAAAUCUUCUAGGUAAUAAAACAUUAAAUAAUAGCAGAUUUAGAAAAAGCACUUAGUCACUCAUAAGCAUAGUUUUAAAAAGAGCUCAAACCUUGUAUACCGAAGCAUUAUAAUGACUUAUGAUGAAUAUGUUUCUUAUUAUUAUUUAUCAGUCGGAAUUUUUAAAAACUUAAGAAUCAACCUUAUGUUUAAUAGCUGCAGUAGAUAUCAAUUCUACGGCACACGUGUAUAAAUAUAAUUGAUUGAAGCGCCAUAAUUUUUACUAACAUGAAUAAUUGAGUGAACUGAUGUUCAUAUCCAGUACAUUCGUCAGCAUGUAGUUAUAAAAAACUAUCAGAUAAGUCUUCGAGCCCAGAGAACAUGGAUCCACCAAAACUAUUGGAUAAGCCUAUAACCACCUAACAUUGAGUGCUUUAUUUUGAAGCAGAUUGAAGACGAGAAGUGGAAGUGUUCGUUGUUUAUAAACAGAUAGAACAAGACGCAUAUUAUGUUUGUAAUAGUGUUCAGUAAUUUACAAUGCUUUUAAAAACCACAAUGAAUUUAAAACACGUCAUUUAUUUACAAUUGUUUCUAGUUAAUAACCACACAAAUAGUGUUUUAUUAAUUUACACCAUUUUUUUCCUUUUUGUUUCUUGAAAAAGGAGAUAUUUCGUGAAAGUCUUCAGACAAAGCGUAAAGAACACUCCAAUGUUCCUACUUUGAUGACUUUAGAUGCCUCCAAAAAUCCCCUGUUAAUUAAACGUAAAAUUAAUCAAAAAUCUAACCCUGAAAAUAAUUCUCAAAAGGUAUUAAAUUAAUCGAUAUCAUCACCAACAAAAUCUUUGUUAAUAAUAAUAUUAUUGCUAUUAUUGUUUCUUUUCUGUUAAUUACAUAAUCGUUAAUUUUUCUAAAUUUUCUAUUCAUUUCUACUACUUUUUCUUCACUUACGUUUAUUUUUUGUAUUUAUAUUGACGAUAAAUCAUACUUAACUUUGUAUACACGAUUUCUAAAACCGUAUAUGUAUGACAGUAUAUAAUAGUAUUCUGUAGAGAUAAUAUUUUUCACUAUUGAACUACUUUGCUCAUUACAUUGUUAUUUUACUUCAAAGCAUGAAGUCAAUUCUCUCUUUGUACAAAAAUGUAACAUAUACAUAUAAAUAUGCCUUUUAGAAUGUGUUCUGUGUACGUAAUGCCAAUAUUCAAAAUAAGUAAAUAAAUAAUGAUGUUUG